AGGGACUAUGUCCAAUAUUGGUAUUACACACUAAGCGAGGAUGAAUCAUUUCUCCUUGAAAUCAGGCAAACUGUUCAGAAUGCACUUGUUCAAUUUUCCGCCCGGUCAAAAGAAGUGGACUGGCAGCCUUAUUUUACCACCCGGUUAGUGGAUGACUUUGCCACGCAUCUCCGAGCAUUCAGGAAAGCUCAGCACAGAAUGGCAGAGAAAGAGGAUCAAAAGAAAGAUGCAGCAGAAGACUUUGUAGAUACUUUUUUUUGAGGUCGAAGUUGAAAUGGAAAAACUUGUCUGCCGAGACCUCAUCUGCACAUCUUGUAAAGAUGAGGAAGGUUUCCUAAAGGAUUUAUGUGAAGUUUUACUGUAUUUAUUGCUACCUCCUGGAGACUUCCAGAAUAAGAUCAUGCGAUACUUUGUGAGGGAAAUCCUUUCACGAGGAAUUCUUCUUCCUUUAAUUAACCAGCUCAGUGAUCCUGAUUAUAUUAAUCAAUAUAUAAUUUGGAUGAUUCGUGAUUCCAAUUGCAACUAUGAGGCCUUCAUGAAUGUUAUUAAAUUAAGCAACAAUGCUGGAGAGUUGGAAGCUGUGAGG